AUGAGAGUACUGAGAUUGAGAUAUGCAUUUGAGGUUGUUUACAAGUCUGAGAUAUGCAGAAUGUUUCAGAAUCUGGCUGGUGAAACUGGUUCAUUCCAAAUCUGGCUGAAAUAUGAGUAUGGAUUAUCAGUGAAUGAAAAUGGUGGGAAUCAACCAACACCAACAUCUGACAUUGUUCAUAGACAUCCAUUGCAUCAAACGACCAUGCUGGUAGUGAUACAGGCUGAACAAUCUGAAAUCAAAGAAAAACUUAAUCAAUUGAAGCUAGAGGUUGAGAAGAAGGCUGAAUCAUUGCUUUCCAGUUUGAAGGAAGAAGAGGACAUGGUGAUAGAACAAGCAUCAGCCGGAAGGAAGGAGAUGGAACGCAUAGAGGAUAUGGUAUGA